AUGGCUUCUACUUCUUCUCCUUUUUAUUCUUCCAAAACUCCUCAUCACGGUUUCAUGCUCGACCAAACGACAACCACCACCAACCCCACCAAAAUGACAAAACGACAAGAAAAAAAGGCCAAAGCCAAGAGAGCCCUUUGGACCCUCUUCAUUGCGGUAUCGGUCCCCCUUUCGUUGACCAUGACAAUAAUCCUCCUCUUCGGCUCAGGGAAGCGCUACCGGUCCCUCACCAAGCCGUUCUGGUUCCCACCACUUUGGUUCGUACACCUGGCCUCGUUGGGCUCGUCCUUCCUCACGGGCUUCGCCGCCUGGCUCUUUUGGGCCGACGGUGGGUUCCACGCGCACCCCGACGCGCUGCCCCUUUACAUUGCUCAGAUUUCUCUCAGCAUCGUGUGGGACCCACUCGUGCUGGUGAUUGGGGCCGCUUCGCUUGGCUUGGUUUUUUGCUUGGUUCAUUUUGGGACUCUCUUUGCAUGUUACCGAAGCUUUCGACGCGUCAAUCCGUUUGCUAAAGAUCUCAUGAAGCCUUGUUUGGCUUGGGUGGCUUAUCUUACUCUUGUUAAUUAUAAGCUUAUUUACUUUGAAUUUUUUUAA